AGAGAAGAGGCGACAAGAGCUCCCAGUCAAAGCAAAGAGAGAAGCCAACGCUGCCAGAGAAGCACUGCUUUUUCGUCCUUUUUGUCUAACUGAGCACUACUUACCUCGAAGGCUCUUAAUAUAUAUACAUUUUUGUAGAAAGCUAACAUAGGUCUCAUCAUGAGGUGCUGUGGUUUAGCUGUGAUUUUAAUUGUGGGGAUAAGCAUUCAUGAUGGAUGGAGCCUUCCCCUCAAGUCCGUCUUUGUCACCUUCCCAGGAGACAUCAUCAAGAAUAUGACUGAUACGGAGCUGGCAGAAGGUUAUCUGAAUAAGUUUGGCUACAUGAACACGGUGCAACGCAGCGGCUUCCAGUCGGUGGUGUCCACCUCCAAGGCUUUGAAGAGGAUGCAGAGGCAGAUGGGGCUGAAGGAGACUGGAGAGCUGGACAAGUCCACCCUGGAGGCCAUGAAACGGCCUCGCUGUGGGGUUCCUGAUGUUGCCAACUACCAAACAUUUGAGGGAGACCUCAAAUGGGACCAUCAGGAUGUCACCUAUAGAAUCAUUAACUAUACCCCAGACAUGGAGCCCUCUUUGAUUGAUGAAGCCUUUGCCAGGGCCUUCAAGGUGUGGAGUGAUGUGACCCCUCUGACUUUUACCCGCCUCUUUGAUGGGACAGCUGACAUCAUGAUUUCAUUUGGAAAACAAAACCAUGGAGACCCAUAUCCAUUUGACGGUAAAGACGGUCUUCUGGCCCAUGCUUACCCCCCUGGUGAGGGUUUGCAAGGUGAUGCCCACUUUGACGAUGAUGAGUACUGGACCCUUGGCGCAGGACCAGCUAUCAAGACCCGCUAUGGGAAUGCUGAAGGUGCCAUGUGCCACUUCCCCUUCACAUUUGAGGGCAAAUCUUACACCACCUGCACCACUGACGGACGUUCGGAUAACCUGCCAUGGUGUGCCACCACAGCCGACUUCAGUAUUGACAAGAAAUAUGGAUUCUGCCCCAGUGAACUUCUGUACACAGUUGACGGAAACGCUAACGGAGCCGAGUGUGUCUUCCCCUUCGUCUUCCUGGGGGAGAAGUAUGACAGCUGUACCACGGAGGGCCGCACUGACGGCUACCGCUGGUGUGCCACCACCAGCAACUUUGACAAUGACAAGACAUACGGAUUUUGUCCCAGUCGGGAAACCGCUGUGAUUGGUGGAAACUCUGAGGGGGAGCCUUGCCACUUCCCUUUCGUGUUCCUGGGUAAACAGUAUGACUCCUGCACAAGUGAGGGACGAGGAGAUGGCAAGUUGUGGUGCAGUACCACUGACAGCUAUGAUGACGACGCGAAAUGGGGUUUCUGUCCCGACCAGGGUUACAGUCUGUUCCUGGUGGCAGCCCAUGAGUUUGGACACGCUCUUGGCCUAGAUCACUCCAACAUAAGAGAUGCGCUCAUGUACCCCAUGUACAGCUACGUAAAAGACUUCUCCCUUCAUAAAGAUGAUAUUGAAGGCAUCCAAUAUCUCUAUGGAGGCAAAACUGGCCCUGAUCCAACCCCACCUGGACCCAAAACCCCAACCACUACCCCUUACCCAGACCCUGAUGAACCCACCACCACUACAACUGCCCCAACGCCUGUGGAUCCCACCAAAGACGCCUGCGAGAUGACCAAAUUUGACACCAUCACAGUGAUUGAGGGAGAACUACAUUUCUUCAAGGACGGACAUUACUGGAAGAUGCCCAGCGAGAGCAACGGAGAGUCCAAGGGACCCUUUUCUAUUUCAGAGAGGUGGCCCGCCCUGCCAGCAGUCGUUGACUCUGCCUUUGAGGACAUUCUUGCUAGGAAAUUGUACUUUUUCUCAGGGAAUCGGUUCUGGGUGUACACAGGGAAGAGCGUCCUGGGGCCCCGCGGCAUCGAGAAGCUCGGCCUCCCCAACAGCAUUCAGAAGGUGGAGGGAGCCCUCCAGAGGGGCAAAGGCAAAGUGCUGCUCUUCAGUGGGGAGAACUACUGGAGGCUUGACGUGAAAGACCAGAAAAUUGACAAAGGCUACCCCAGAUACACAGAUGUCGUCUUUGGUGGAGUCCCAAAUGAUGCCCAUGACGUGUUCCAGUACAAAGGUCACAUCUACUUCUGCAGAGACCGCUUCUACUGGCGCAUGAACUCCCGCAGGCAGGUGGAUCGUGUCGGUUACGUGAAGUAUGAUCUUCUAAAGUGCUCAGAUUCUUCACGCACUCAAUACUGAGAUGAAGAACAGGGAUGAGCUGGAAAUCGCCUUCAAUGUUGUAGCACCUGCUUCUCUCUCCUGUGCAGGUGUCAGGGAGAAUGUGACGCAGUAUUUGUAAGUGUAUGAUGUGGAAUGCGUUUGCAUUUCAAAGAUUGUCCAUCAUUGAUGUUGGCUAAUUUUCUACCAUACAUCCUUGACCCAAAGUGAAGGCAAAGCCAAUUGAUUUGUGGCACUGCCUUUCCCUCAGUGUGAUAAUCUGUGAAUAGGUUGGUUCAUGUGGUCUAAAAUUUAAGACAUAACCACAACUAAAAUAUUAUCAUACGCUAUCUGGAUUCCAGAUUUGCUGGGUUUUGUCUCAGAGGUUCAGACUUUAAAGUAUUAUUUUGAUAUUUAUAGCAAUUUCUAUAUAUCUAUUUUUGUGUCCUGGAGCUUUUUUGUUUUGUAUAAAUAUAUUUGGGUUUUUCUGAAAGGACUUGCACUGGAAGACAAUUUCAUGUCUCCUUCACUGAAAUUAUUUAUGAGACUGCAAUGUUUUGUAUUUGUAAUAGUUCAUGCUUUCACUGCAAUAAACAUUCUGUAAUAACUA